AUGCCACCAAAGACCAAGACUUUAAAGCCACAAACAUUCACUAACACCAUUGUCCCACUCUUGAAGACCCAGCAAUUCUACUGGUACGUGGGACAUGUUUCAGUACUCUUUUCGUUUGUCAUGUACACUGUGAAGUCUUUCUUUUCGCUGUCCCUUUUCUACUAUAAGCUCACCUUGUUGUCUGUUUUGUUAACCUACACAAUUGUCCUUCGUCAAGUUCACUUUAAAACUUUAGACUCCAUCAAGUCUCCAACUUUCAAACAGAAUCUUUUGAAAGAUGAGAACUUCCAUUACUUUUGGUUGGCCUUGACUUUCUUUUUAGUUUCAGGUUCUGUUGGUGCGGUUUCAGGUGCCCUUUAUUCAUUCACAAUCUUUUCCCUUUUCCAUGCUUUGACAUACUUCCAAAACAACAUUCUUGGUGCUUUACCAACUAGUUUGUCCCAGCAACAAGCCAUUAACUCUAGAAUUAACACAUUCACCACAUCCUACAAUGAGCCUGCCUUGAUGGUUGCUGCGAAUGCUGAAUUGUUGCUUCUUUCAAGUUUCGUCUUUACUAUUCCAUUCACCCCAUUCAGACUCUUCCGUGCUCCAGUCGCUGCAAUUGCUAACCUCUGGCUUUUUGCUACUGUUGUUGUUUUCUUGAAGCUCAGAUACGACCUGAACAAGUACACCCGUACAGUGGUUGACUCUUGGGACCUUCGUAUCUCCCAAUUCUUGUACAGUCCACAACUGCAAAUCAUCCCACAAGGUGUCAAGGAUGCAUACUUGGUUCACUUCAAGGGUGCUUUGCAAAAGUAUUUGGGCCCAAUCACUUUUUCCAAGACGGUUGCCCCUACAAAGAAGAAUAAAUAA